AUGCCGAGGAUGGCGGUAGGGGACGCCGACGCCGGCUUGCCAGCCGAUCAUGAUGGAAAAGCUCCGGGUGAUCCAGGGGACACGCAAGAUGGUCUUGUAAGCUCAAAACGGUUUGUACUGAGAAACGACAGAUCACAGAAUUCAUCGAGUUCUUCGCACCUUGAACCGAAAGAUUCGAGCUUCGGGCAACCAGCCAAGAAUUCAGCUGAAGCGAGUGCGAAUUCGGACUUACCAUAUAUAUCGAGCAAUCUGAGCUAUGAAGAGGUACAGCUUUGGAAUGUGAACUGGUCACACGUAUUGAAACACUUACAACGGGAGAAAAAGAAAGCGCUAGCGCAACAAGAAGAGCACUAUGUGAAUAGAUCUUUGUUCUGUUUAGAAAGCAGCAGCUUGAUACGUGAAAAACUUAUCGUGCUGACCGAAUGGCCAUGGUUCAAUCGCUUCGUUCUAUUCAUUAUUCUUUUAAACUGCGUCCUAUUGGUCCUGGACAAUCCCGUUUGCAGUUGUCAAGCGAGCGUGUGCGUAGAGUAUGAUUAUUAUACCAGAAUUGUUUACACGAGGCUGGGCAGCUGCAGCGAUUGGGAAAAGAUCCAGAACGUCCUUCAAGUCUUCGAGUAUAUUUUCACAGCACUUUUUACCGCUGAGAUGGUCGUGAAGAUAAUUGCGAGGGGUUUCGUGUUGCACAAACAUGCAUACUUGAGAGAUGGUUGGAAUUGGAUCGACUUUGUUGUGGUCAUUUGUGGAUUGAUCAGUCUGGUUCCUGGCCUGAUACAAAAUGUAACUGUGCUGAGAACUGCACGAAUUCUGCGUCCAUUGAGAACGAUGACUCGAAUUAAAGGAAUGAAGCCCUUGAUGAAGACGGUGAUAAGCUCGUUGCGCUCCUUGACCAACGUUGUGCUCCUGUUAAUCUUCGUCAUGACUGUCUUUGGAAUCCUCGCCAUUGAGUUGGCAGCAGGAAAUCUGAGAGGAAGAUGUUACAUUGACCCAACCCCUGGAGUGAAUUCUUUCGCGCCAUCCGCGUGGACAGCUCUUAUCAGCCAGCAGAAACCAUUUGUCGUCGAGCCCAAUGAAAUGGUUGGGAGUUUCAAUGCAGGGAUCACAUUCUGCGUUCCUGGUGUCACAGACUGUGGACAGUUUGCUAUUGACGGAGUUUAUUACAAUACGACAUGUAGCUUCUACAAAUGGUGUUGGACCGAUUGGUGCACAGAUUGGAACAAUAAUCCUUACUAUGAGGGAGGGGCAUACUUGAGCUUCGAUAACUUCCUCCUCUCACUGAUGGUGUUGUGGGAAACCUUGACUCUGGAGGGUUGGACGACUGAUCUGCUUUACAACUACCAGGAAGGAUGGGGGGAUUGGCCCGCAAGGAUAUACUUUUGCUCGUUUGUGAUAGUCGGGACCUUCUUUGUCUUGCAGCUGGCCCUCGCGGUUCUGUCCGAUGCCUACAUGCAGGCCCUUGAAGAAGAGAGAUCUGAGAGGGAGAUGGAGGCCCUGCAUCACGAAGCCAUCUUGAAGCCGGAGAAGGAUAUGGCCCGGCGAGUGGUCAGGAGAAAGUCGUCUUGGGUCAGCGAUUAUGCGACUGUGCUCCAAACCCAGAGCCAAUCAUUCCUCAAGGUUAUCGGUCUGGGACCACAAAAUUUACAACGAAUUAGCUCAGGCAUCCAGAAAGCACGAUCUGCAGUUCGAGUCUUAGUACUUCACACUUGGUUUCAAAACUUUGUCCUGUUCGCGAUCGUGAUGAACACCAUAGUCAUGGCAAUGUACUAUCACGAUCAAACUCUGUUCGAGUCAAACAUCUGUCAGCGAAGGUGUGAGAUCGAUCCUACCAUCCCAGCAAAUGCUACGUCGCAUUGUCGAGGACCACUCUUUAAUCGUAGCUGGGACACAGAUGGCCAAGGAGGCGGUCAGAAACCAGAUCAGUCAACCUUCUGCUUCAUGGAAAGAGACGCUGAAUUCUGGCCUGAUCAACAAGCAUGCUCUCAGUUCACGAAUGAAGGAGACUGUGCGAAUGCUCAGGUCUCUCACGGUGUGGGCUGUGUGUUUUUUCCUGACGUGGGAGUGAAUGGAACGUGCAUGCUGGCAUUGUAUAAUUCCUAUACGUUUGUAUAUCAGAGCGACGUGAUCUAUCCGGAUAGGAUGCAGAGGAUUGGAAUGAGACAUGUCUGCGGAGAUGGUCUCAACGAAUGUGCCACAUUCCCAACAACGUUGAACCAUGUAUUGGACGAGACGAAUUUCGCUCUCACCAUGGUAUUCAUUUCUGAAAUGAUUCUAAAAUGGAUCGCAUUUGGCUUCAAGGAUUACUUUGCUGAUAGUUACAACAGAUUUGACUUCCUGGUAGUUUUCGGAAGCAUCAUUGAGUUGAUAUUAGGGGCAGUCAAUACUUCCUCGAAUGGAUCUACACUCUCUGCGCUAAGAGGUCUUCGAAUGCUCAGAUUGUUGAAACUCGCUCAGUCUUGGGGAGAGAUGCGAAAGAUUAUCUCUUCACUUUUUCGUGCGUUAUCAUCAUUGGGGCCACUUACCAUCUUCUGGGUCAUGUUCAUGUACAUCUUUGCACUCCUCGCGAUGCAGUUUUUUGGCGGUCGAUUCCACUACGUCAAGACUGACGUUCCUCGCAGUAAUUUUGAUACCUUUGCACCAUCCGCGUUAGGACAUGGAGCUUUCUUUAUUGUGUUUCAGAUCAUCUCGACUGAAAACUGGAACACCAUUAUGUACAACUCGAUGACUGCAACGGACGUUGGCAGUCCAUGGAAUGCUUGGUUGACAAUCUGUAUAGUUGCGUUUGGCAACUACAUCAUCAUGAACCUUUUCAUCUCAAUUCUGCUCCAGGGAUUCGGGGAGACUGAUUCAGAGGAGAACGCGCUCGAGAAAAAACCUCAGCAAUCACUGGCAAGCAAAAUGGCCAGGGGUUUCCGGGAUAUUUUGAAAGGGUUUCGGAGGCGAUCUAAAACUUUGCCGAUACUGGACGGAGCAUCGAUUGACCCUGAGGCUCAAAGGAAUAUAACUAUCUUCAAUGAAAACCUUGCAGAGUUUGCAACUAAGGAUCAUCAAAAUCCAGAGGAUGUCGAAGACCCGGAUUGGGUUUUCGAAGUGACAGUGUUCGGAAAAGUGAAAAAGCUCAAGAUUGCAAAUCACCGAUCAUUUGGUAUUUUCAAAAGGAAGAACAAGUUGAGAAUCCUUAUUGCGAGGUUUGUGCAGAAUCCGGUGUUCGAUACAUUUAUUCUCAGUUGUAUCCUGGCUACGAGCAUUACCUUGCUGAUUGAACGUCCAGACAGUUCUUUCUUCGCAGAAGCUUGUCCCAUGCCUCCUCAAGUCUUGAACUGCACGGGACCAGCAGCUGUUUCAGGGCAGACAGUCAAUAUCAACUGUCCUCGAAAUGUCGGGGAUCCCAAUUUCGGGAAAGUUUGGCCGGCGUGCGAUUCAAAGACAGAAGAGAUCCCAGACUGCUGUUACGUUGCCCAGAGAGUGUUCAUUCUCGAACUUCUCGACGAGAUAUUUACCUUGAUUUUCUUCUCAGAGAUGGUCUUGAAGAUGAUGGUGGAUGGUUUGAUUUUUCACAAGUACGCCUACCUAAGGAGCUCUUGGAACGUGCUGGACUGUCUUGUUGUCAUUAUUUCUAUGAUGAGCUCCUUUGGUGGGAGCGCAAACGCUAAAUCGUUCAAAGUCCUUCGUGCGCUACGCGCCCUGAGGCCAUUGCGCGUGAUCAAGCGGAACAAAUCCCUCAGGGUUGCAGUUGUAUGUUUGCUAUCAAGCAUCCCAGCGAUGCUCAACGUUCUUGUUGUUGUUCUGUUCUGGUUUGUGAUUUACGCAAUGUUGGGAGUGCAGUUCUUUCGAGGAAAACUGUACAGGUGUGUCAACGAAGGAGCACAGACAUUUCUAGGUACGACGUUCUUUCCCCUUGCAAAUCUCUACACGGCAGCUCCUCUAAUGGCUGGAAAUACGUCUGUUCCUUCCAUCAUUGACUGUGUCGACGCUGGUACAUACGGGCAACAGACUAGCUCUCCUGGUGUUUGGCUCAACAAGAAUUAUUCCUUCGACAACCUUGCCCAAGCCUUGUCCACGCUCUUUCAAAUGUCCACGACAGAAGGAUGGAUGGAUGUCAUGUUCGCUGCCGUUGAUGUCGUCGCUCCUGGCAUCACGCCGAUUCCGAAUGAGAACCCCUGGUUUGCAAUCUACUGCGUCCUGCACAUCAUCCUCGGAGCGUUUGUGCUGCUCAACCUCAUUGUGGCUGAGGUGAUCAAGAACUACGUGAGGAUCAAGGGAGCCAAUGAUGGCAUCACACCAUUUAUCACCCCUGAGCAGCAGGAGUGGAGAGAGAUGCGCAGAAUUAUUUUCAGCAUGAAGCCGAUCAAAAGAGUGACAGGACCUGCAAAUAAGUUCAGAAAUUUCUUCUUCAAUGUUUGCAACAACAAGUAUUUCGAGUAUUUCAUCACAGCAUCCAUUUGCCUGAAUGUCUUGGCUAUGUUACUACGGACUUACAAUCAAGAUGCUUGCAUGACCGCCAUCAUAUUCUGGAUCAACUUUUGUUUCACCUUCAUUUUUGUUUCUGAAGCAACCAUCAAAAUGAUUGGUCUUGGUCCCCGUUGGUACUUUUCCGACUCAUGGAAUAACUUGGACUUUCUUGUUGUGUUGAUCUCUGUCGUUACCAUUGCGCUCGAAUUCCUGAGAGGAGAUUUCAGUUGUACCGUGAGUGGAGCAGUAUCAUUGAAGUUUCCGGGGUUGAAACCACUGAGAGCUCUGCGGAUUGUUAGGGUGUUUCGACUUGUUCGACGGACAAAAGGGAUCAGGCAGCUACUUGUGACAUUGAUAGAGUCGUUGCCAUCUCUUUGGAAUAUUGGAGUUGUACUGUUUCUUUCGCUCAUCAUCUUCGCCGUUGUUGGUGUGAACUUCUUCUACAACAUUAACGUGGGCCAGGAUGCCUAUGGGCGAAUGACGGACCUUGCGAGCUAUCAGACCAUUGACAGCGCUAUUUUCCUCUUGUUUCGCCAAACUACAGGAGAAGCGUGGAAUGGUAUCAUGUUCUACUGCAUGCAGGCUGACCCAUACAAGGCUUGCAACCUUGCCUACGACCCCUUUCUCAACGACGGAUGUGGAAGCCCUUUGAUCGGAAUCGCCUUCCACGUCAUGUGGCAAGUCCUGGGAGCUUACGUGCUCGUUCAGCUCUUCACAGCUGUCAUCAUCGAGAACUUUGCGGAGCUGUCGAAAGAAGAGUCGUCGGUCCUCCCCAUCGACAAGCUCAACGAGUUCGUCGACGUCUGGACUGAGUUGGACCCGCAUGCGCGGGGGAAGAUUCACGUGUCUCUGAUCCCUGAGAUGAUCAGGAGGCUGAGCCCUCCUCUCGGGUUGAAAUCUGAGUACAUCACGGAGACGAACCUGAUGAAAAUCAUCAAGGACUUGCACAUCCCCGUCGUGAAUGAUCACAUCAAGUACUACGACACCUUCUCGGCCUGUGUCAAGAGAGUGCUGGCGAUAGACACCUUGGACGACGAUGACGACGACGACGCCAAGAUGCAUGACAGCGUCAACAGGACAGAGAGCGCGAAAUCGAUGACCGUGACGGUGGAGCCAGAAAGAAUUCCAACAGCAGCGGAAGAUUACGCGAGUCGGCGCGUCCAACAUGCUUACAGGGAGUGGAAGGAGAAUUCUCUCCAGGUUACCCUCAAAGCCUUCGGUAUGUACAACUGA